AUGAAGAUGACACUAGAUAACCGCCUGCUUCUAAGAAGUAUUGGUGAUCAUCCUCCAAGACAGACCAAGGUUAAGGAUUUCUACGGGGAUCGAGCCUGGGUGGAUGACCUUGAUAUCAUCAAUGAGCUGGGCGGUCAUACCGGCUGUGUCAACGCUCUUAGCUGGUCUCGUUCUGGACAGCUGCUUGCAAGCGGAUCAGACGACACUUAUCUCAACAUUUGGUCCUACAACCCCGAUUCCCUUGCCAAACCCUUCUCCCUGAGCACAAGUGUCUCGACAGGUCAUCAAGCCAACAUCUUUGGCGUCAAAUUUGCUCCGCAUUCCAACGACCGGACCGUCAUCACUUGUGCCGGAGACGCCCAGGUCAGGGUCUUUGACAUCGAGUAUGGUGGAAGGUAUGAUAAUUCUUCAAGAGAUGCUGGGCUUGACAGCACAAGAAGUCGUAGGUUUCAAAAUUUCUUCAGCAAUGCACGGUUCCUAAAUGAUGGAAAUACCAACGCAAGAGUGUUCCGGAGCCAUGCCGAUAGAGUCAAGAGGAUCCAGACCGAGUCCUCUCCAUACACAUUCUUGACAUGUUCUGAGGAUGGUGAGGUCAGACAGUGGGAUUUACGGCAACCAAGCUCUACCUACCCCCCACCAAGAGGAGGACAAGGGUUCCGGAGCCUGAGACAAGGCCGUGUCCAUGAUGCUGGCAACGUGCCUCCUCCUUUGAUCAGCUACAAAAUGUGGUCCUUGGACUUGAACUCCAUUUCGGUAGCAGCCAGUCAGCCUUAUUACAUCGCAUUAGGUGGUACUCACGCACACUGCUUCUUGCACGAUCGAAGGAUGCUAGGACGAGACCUGGCAGCAGAACGGGGACGAAAUACAAGCUCAUCGCUUGAAAUAGGUUCUCAGGAUGACGAUUUGAUGGACCAAGCCACUCGAUGUGUGAGACGCUUCGCUCCUAAUGACAAAAUUGCCAUGGGCACGCAUGACAACGGACAUAUCACAGCCUGUAAGAUCAGUGAUGCAAAUCCGAAUGAGUUGAUCGCAAGCUGGUCUGGUGAUCAUAUCUAUAGUUUCGACAUAGUACAGAGUCCAGAUGUACGAGAUGCGGCCGUAAAGAAGGAGCGAACUUUGCGUGCAAAUUAUGCCGCGGCACGACAGCAGAAAGAUCGAAAGAGAAAGCGGACCAAAGUGGCCAGCUCCAGUAAUCCGGGUGAGCCCGCCAAGGCGAGGAUGCGUUCCGGAACAGAUGCUCAGAACGGUGAAGGCGAUGUCACUUUGAGGGUUCGCUACGGGAAUGGUCAAACUGAGUCCGUCCCGGUAGACACGAACGGUGAGGAUGUUACAAUAUUGGGCAGCGCUCCAGACGCCCUUCUAAGUGAGGCGCAAAAACUGAGUCAGCGUAUUGCUAGAUCUCUUGUUCAACUUCGCAAAUCUAUAUUUCACUUCGAGGCUAGCAUUGAAGAUGCAGCCGCUGUGGAGGGCUCUGCUGAGCUUACACCUUAUACAGCAGCAUUUACCACCGUCCUUGGCCAAGCAGCUGCACUUUUACCCCAAAUUGAUGAGGUCAUCAGGGGUUGGUCUUAUCCUAUCAACCCAUCUCCGGAGGAUGUCAUGUUGCAAGAUACACUACGCCGGAAUCGCCAAGCCACCCGGCGUUUUGUCCAAGCAUCUGGUUGUCUUGCUGCAGCUAUGGGUGGCCGCCUUCAGACAUUGAGUCCAACCCCGGAUCCGAGGAUGAAUCUGUUCGCCUCAAUAGAACCGGCCCAACGAGAAGGCAUAGGGAUUGACGACAAUCAGCGCUUCUGCUAUGAUUUCUUGAAAGCUAUCCUGCUUUGGUUGACUGCUGGUCAGGAUGCUGUUUUGGAGGCUUUUCGCAAGCAGCCGGACCAGUUUAGAGACAGUCAGAGAUUUCCUCUGGCACCCAAUGAUGGUCCUGAAGCUAUUGAAAGCAAAUUGAUACCAUACCUGUUGAGCUUGGCACAAGACGAAAAACCUAUACUAAAUGUUGACGCAAACAGGUUUGAGACUGAAGAAUCAAGAACUAUUUUUGGAAGCCAGGUGGCGGCCGUCACUGCUUUUCCUAGGGCAUUUAAGGACUUCACAUUGUCGAGCAGGAGUACCGAAGCCAACCCUCAACCAUCAGAACCAGCAAGUUCAAGACAGAUACUAGAUCUGGGUGCUGCGUAUAGAUUUUGGGGCGUCAAGGUUGGACGAAGCUUGUUGAUGGAAGCGGGUGAGCGUGUUACAUACGAUUUUGUCAAGCGAGCGUUUGGAGGUUUGCGUGUCUCUGUUUCCGAGGAUGUACCAGCGGACCGACGUGAACACAUCGAGGCAGAGGACGAGUCUGUUGAGGCAAUUAACGCUGUUGAAGGCUCAGAUACUACGAUGGACACGAUUUUCAUGGAGGCUUUGCAGUCUAGCGGCAACACACUGUCAGCAUCUGAAUCACCUGAGUCGACUGUGCACACAAGUGCCGAGUCUACCCAUCACGAUAUGAUGGAAUCUAGCGACGCAGCAGGUGGAGCUAGAGAGGAAGACGAGACUAGCAAUGAGGAAGAUGAAGACGACCUCGGAGAUAGCUCUUCUUCUGAGCGUGAAGACAGCGAUGGGGAGGAUGAAGGUCCUACUCAUCCACUUUAUCGUCGCGCAAUCGGGUUCGGAGGAUCCAAGGAGCGCGCAAAAGUCGAAUGCAACAAGCCCUACAGCUCACACACCCGCGUUUAUAAAGGACAUUGCAAUGUCAAGACGGUCAAAGACGUCAACUUUUACGGCCUCAAUGAUGAGUACGUGGUCAGUGGCUCAGACUCCGGUCACAUCUUCAUAUGGGAUCGUAAGAGCACACAGCUUGUCAAUAUACUCGAAGGGGACGGAGAGGUGGUCAACGUCGUCACAGGACAUCCUUACGAGCCGAUGAUAGCGGCUAGUGGCAUUGAUAGUACGAUCAAAUUGUUUAGUCCCGAUGUGAGAUUGCAAGAAGAUGCAAGGAACGGAAUUGAUAUAGCAAAUCCUCCCGGUGCGGUUCCUAUGCACUCGAGUUUAAGAGAUGGAUGGCCUAGGAGGAGACGAUCUCCACUUGCAGACGUUCCUAGGGAUGCCUCUCCUAGUGGCCUGACCAGCAAAAAGGCUAUGCAUAAAAGCAAUGAAAUUAUGAGUCAAAACGAUAUUUUACGACGGGAUGGUCUUGGAGAUGCCUUCAUCACGAGAGGUAUGCUCGCGAGACUAGCUGCUCAUUUACACGCUCAAGGAGGGGACGGUCAGGGUGCUAUCAUGGUCGAUGACCAAUGUUCGGUGAUGUGA